AGUGCUGUAGCGGACGGACCGAGCUGGGGGGGGUGUUUGUGUCAUGGCGGGGCCGCUGGUGCAGGCCUGGGGCCUGGGGACGGCCCUGAGGAGCCGCGCAGCGCUCAGACCCCUCGGGCUCCUGGCACCGCCGUGCCGGGAACUGGCGGCGUCCGGAUCCGGAGAGGCGGCGCUGGAGGAGAACCCGUUCUACAGGAAGUACCGACACAAGAUCCAGGAGCUAAGGAGAUCCAGCCCAGACGUGUUUGAAUCCCGCAUGGAAAAAAGAAACGAAGUGAAAAAACAGCCUCUGGGAUAUUCCAAACAAGGAGAAUUUGUCAGGUGCAUGGAGGAAAAGGCAGAAGGCUUGGGCACAAGGACAUCAAAGGGAGGAUUCACAAAGCAUAAGACACUUGAUUCAAUUCUUAAUGUUGAGAUGGUGAAAGGAAAAUCAGCAGAAGAGAUAAAACAGAUUUGGAAUCAGUAUUUUGCUGCAAAAGACACUGUUUAUGCUGUUAUUCCUGCAGAGAAAUUUGAUUUAAUGUGGAAGAGAGCCCAGAAGUGUCCAUCGUUUCUCUAUGCUUUGCCAAGAAAAGAAGGCUAUGAGUUCUUUGUGGGGCAGUGGUCAGGAGCAGAACUGCACUUCACUUCAUUAAUAAACAUUCAGACCCAAGGUGAAACUGCUCCCAGCCAGUUGGUCUUGUACCAUUAUCCUGAGCUACAGAAGGAGAAAGGGAUAGUACUAAUGACAGCAGAAAUGGACUCCAAGUUCUUGGUGGUCCAUGAAGCUCAGUGCCUGGCCAAUCAGGUGCAGCUUUUCUAUGCAACUGAUCGUUCUGAGACCUAUGAACUGGUGGAGACCUUCAACCACAGAUCCAAUGAAUUUAAGUAUAUGUCAGUUGUAGCUGAGCUUGAGCAGAGUGGACUUGGAAGAGAACUAAAACCUGGUCAGGUUUCUGAGAAGCCAUAGAGUCUGACUGGCAGCCAGAGUCAGCCAGCGGCAGGCAAGGAGUUCCUAGAUGGAGUGGUUCUGUCUCUUCUGUUUUAGGAAUUUGGUUUGGCUACAGGGAGGAUCCUGGGAGAGUGAUAAUCAAGCCUGUCUGGCACUGAUGCAAGAUGAGGACUCCGGCCAUUUGAAUGACAACAAAUUGCCAAAGUGGGGCCCUGUACUUCAGUGUAACUUCAUCAGAAUGAGCCAUUUUCCCACCCUGUAACUUAUUGCUGCAUGCUCUGUUUUUGAAAUCUGAAAUAAAGUGACAGAAGGGAGCUAUGUAAUGGCCUGUAUUGACAUCAGGAGAGAGAUAACAAUCAUUGUUUCUCCUCAGUAAAUGCAUUUUAAAUGCCCUCCACCAUUAUAAUUGCAUGGUCCAAUGCUUUUUAAUCUGUGUGGAAUUUUUACAAGCUAGUCCAUCAGGAAAAGAGAAUAGGGAUGAUGCUUUAGUACAGAGUCCUCUUUGUUAUUUUCUGUGUGAGGUUCCUUACACAGAUGGCCUCUGUGGCCUCUGUUUUUCUCAGGAUUAAAAAACAGAGUGACUACGUUUGAUCUGGAAAUUCUGUGCUUCUUAAUUGAUACAUUAAUUUUAUCCCA